GUUGGACCACUUGCGGCUCAUUAUCAAGUACCUUUGCGUCAUAUUUUAGUGAUCUAUGAUGAGAUGAGCCUACCAAAUGGUGUCAUGAGGCUUCUGCCAAAAGGAGGACAUGGCCAUCAUACCGGAUUGAUGAGUGUGAUCGACCAUUUGGAUGGUUGCCGUCAAUUUCCUCGACUGUCUAUAGGCAUUGGAAAUCCACCUGGCACCAUGGACAUGAGAGCAUUUCUUCUACAGAAGUUCAGCUCAAAAGAGAGAGAACAAAUUGAUGCGGCAUUAGACAAAGUAACUGAGGCUGUGAGGAAGGUAGUACUGAACGGAUUUGACCGCAGAAUCAUCAGUAGAUUUAAUUUGGAGGAGAAAUACAAGUAUCACAAAGUUUGAAACCAACAAUUUUGUAUAAAGUAAAUGUCAUGUUUGGGAGCUCUCUAUGUUUGAACAAAGAGAUGAAAGUUCUUGUAGCUUUCCUUGUAAUUGUUGCCAUAUCAAGAUGCUUUGCAACAUAAUGUAUAAUUGUCUAUGCUACCUGAGGUUCUUUCUUUUGGCUUUCCUUUUUCCCUUUUUCUCUGUUGUGUGUUUCUUAAAGAAUGUAUACUUUGAGCAAGUGAGACAGAAGUGAAGAAAUGAAUUGUUUAUCUAAGAAAGGGAUCAUUUUGGUUUAACAA